AUGGUUCUCUCUUCGGUCCCGGGCUACCGCGAGCUUCUGGGGGGACACGGUUCGGUUCUGUUCGGUGACGCUCGGUUCGGUUUCUGAACGCCCUCAGUCUGAUCGCAGGACAAAGUUGGUCCAGACGGAUGCGUCAGGCGAUCCUCGUCUCCAGAGCCAUCAGUUUGUCGAGUCGGAGCAAUGGCAUCCCCGUCCCUCCCCAGUGGACUAACGCUUCUGGUCUCCCACCACCACGUCUGAAUCCAUCAGGUCUGACUCCACCAGUUCUCCGCCGCAGAACAGAACCAACAUUUUGCGGGGACAACUAAAGCCGGACCCCCGCCUCGGGACGCGAGGUUCUCGUCUCAACCGCCGGUGACAUGGAGAGCGGGGUUUUCACCGGGAACUUCUGAAGCUCAUGGAUCCGCCGAGUGAAGUUAUUUCAUCACUGCCACAGACGGGGAGGUUUGAGGGUUAGAAACCUGCCUCUGGAGCCGCCGGGAAUACUCGCUCAAGGCGGAUUUUACGCGACAGACGCACAACGGAGAAGUCAUCCAAACAGGCGGCCCCUCUCCUGAGCCCAUGGAUAUGAAUACUAAAGCGACCGUGCUCUGGGCCCUGCUCGUGCUGCACUGCGGCCCCACCGGGGGCAGCAUCCUGUACCGGGUGCAGGAGGAGCAGCCCCCCAACACCCUGAUCGGCAGCCUGGCGGCCGAUCAGGGGCUGCCCGACUCGGGCCACCUCUACAAGCUGGAGGUGGGCGCCCCGUACCUGCGCGUGGACGGCAAGACCGGGGACAUCUUCACCACCGAGGUCCCCAUCGACCGCGAGACCCUGCGGGACUGCCGCGCCCAGGGGAAGGGAAAGCCCUGCUACCUGGAGUUCGAGGUGUCGGUGACGGACCUCAUCCAGAACCAGAGUCCCCGGCUCAUCGAGGGCCGCAUCGAGGUGCAGGACAUCAACGACAACACGCCGCAGUUCCCCUCCUCGGUGCUCACCAUCUCGGUGCCCGAGAACACGCACAUGGGCGCGCUCUUCUCCAUCCCCGUGGCGACCGACAAGGACUCGGAGCGCAACGGCGUGGCGGACUACGCGCUGGCGGCCGGGCCGGACGCCACCACGCUGUUCGGCCUGCAGGUGGCGGAGGACCGCGGGGAGAAGCUGCCCCAGCUCAUCGUGCUCGGGAUGCUGGACCGCGAGGUCAAGGACUCGUACGACCUGACCAUCAAGGCGGUGGACGGGGGCCACCCGCAGCGCUACAGCAGCGCCCUGCUCCGGGUGGUGGUCACCGACGCCAACGACAACUCGCCCAAGUUCGAGAAGUCCGCGUACGAAGCAGAGGUGCAGGAGAACAGCCCGGUGGGACACUCGGUGCUGCAGGUCAAAGCCAACGACUACGACAUGGGCCCCAACGGGGAGAUCGAGUACACCCUCCACCAGGCCCUGGACCCCGUUCCCAAGCUGCUCCGCAUCGACCGCUCCACCGGCAUCAUCUACGUGAAGGGCGCCCUGGACCGCGAGGAGGUGGACAGCCUGACCUUCUACGUGGUGGCCCGGGACCGGGGCCCGCAGCCCAAGAGCUCCAAGACCUUCGUGACCAUCGAGGUGACGGACCAGAACGACAACGCGCCCGCCGUGGAGAUCCGGGGCAUCGGCCUGGUCACGCACAGCGAGGGCGUGGCCAACAUCUCGGAGGACAUGCCGGUGGGCACGGCGGUGGCGCUGGUGCAGGUGUCGGACCGCGACGAGGGGGAGAACGCGGUGGUCACCUGCGUGGUGGCGGGCGACGUGCCCUUCCAGCUGCGGCCCGCCAGCGACUCGUCCAGCGACAACAAGAGGAAGUACUUCCUGCAGACGACCACGCCGCUGGACUACGAGCGGGUCCGGGACUACCGGGUGGAGAUCGUGGCGGUGGACUCGGGGAACCCGGCGCUGUCCAGCACCAACUCGCUGAAGGUGCAGGUGACGGACGUCAACGACAACUCGCCCAUCUUCUCGCCCACGCUGUUCGAGGUGGACUUCGCCGAGGAGAACCAGCCGGGCGAGCGGGUUCUGAACGUCAUCGCCGCCGACGCCGACAGCGGUACGAACGCGGAGCUGGUCUACAGCAUCGUGGCCGACGCGUCCAUCAAGGGCCUGUUCGAGAUCGACCCCAGCUCCGGGGAGGUGCGAGCCCGGAGCCCCCUGGACCGGGAGCAGCGGGAGCGCUACGAGUUCCGGGUCACGGCGGCGGAUAAGGGGUCGACGAGUCACCGAGGCACCGCCACCGUGGUGAUAAGAGUCCUCGACCGCAACGACAACGACCCCAAGUUCAUGCUGAGCGGCUACAGCUUCUCCGUGCUGGAGAACAUGCCGCCGCUCAGCCCCGUCGGCAUGGUAACGGUCAUGGACGUGGACAAAGGCGAGAACGCCCACGUCCACCUCUCGGUCGAGCCCGACGGAGGGAAGUUCGUGGUGCAGAACGGCACCGGCACCAUCCUCUCCAGCAUCUCCUUCGACCGGGAGAAGGAGGGCAGCUACACCUUCCGGCUGAAGGCGGUGGACGGGGGCGACCCGCCCCGGUCCUCGUACGUGGGCGUGACCAUCAACGUGCUGGACGAGAACGACAACGACCCCGUGGUCACCAAGCCCGCCAACUACUCCUUCAAGAGGCUGUCGCCGCAGGCGACCCCGGACAGCCACGUGGAGGUGGUGGAGGCGGAGGACCUGGACAGCGGGCCCAACGCCGAGCUCAGCUUCAGCAUCACCGGGGGCAACCCCUACCAGCUGUUCCGCAUCUCCCCCACCAACGGGGAGAUCACCCUGGCCAAGGAGCUGACCCGGAAGCACGGCGGGCUCCACCGCCUCGUGGUGCGCGUCAGCGACCGCGGGAAGCCGGCGCGCCACACCACCGCCCUGGUGCACAUCUACGUCAACGAGACCAUCUCCAACGUCACCAUGGUGGAGACGCUGGUGGGCCACAGCAUCUACACCCCGCUGGACCGCGACAUCGCCGGCGACCCCGACAACGGCUUGUCCGCGCAGCGCAGCAACAUCCUGUUCGGCAGCCUGGCGGGCAUCACGGGCGUGGUGAUGCUCAUCCUGGCGGUGGUGUUCAUCCGCCACCGCAUCCACCGCGACACCAAGAGCGGCUACCAGGCCGGCAAGAAGGAGUCCAAGGACCUGUACGCGCCCAACAAGCAGGUGCCCAAGAACGGCAAGGGCAAGCGCGGCAAGAAGGGCAAGCCGUGCAAGUCGCCCAAACCCCUGGGCGAGGAGGAGGAGGUCAGCCUGCAGAAGAGCCACAAGUUCAGCCUAGACGGGGGGGGCGACAGCCCCCGCAUCCACCUGCCCCUCACCUACUCCCCCGGCAGCCCCGACAUCGGCCGGCACUACCGCUCCAACUCGCCGCUGCCGUCCAUCCAGCUGCAGGCGCAGUCGCCGUCGGCCUCCCAGAAGCACCAGGCGGUGCAGGACCUGCCCGCCACCAACACCUUCGUGGGCACGGGCGGAGAUGACAACUCCACGGGCUCGGAGCACUACUCUGACUACAGCUACAAGACGGGCCAGUCGAAGUACAGCACCAAGCAGGUAGGAGGGAGCUGUGCAUCGAUCGCCGCGCGUCCCCGGAGGGUUGGCCUGCGUGGGAUGGGGGUGGUACAGGUCUGAAUUCAUUACUGACUAAUAACAGGAAACAGGCCGGCAGAUUGAGAAUGUAGGCUAAAUGCUACACACACACAUCAGACAUAAAUUAUGAAUAACACCACGUAUUCGCAAAGCGAUAAUGCUCCAGAGGAGAAGUGGCAGAGAGUCAGUAACAUAA